AGUCGGCCAUUUUGGAUGGAGCUUGCGAAAAUUUUGUUUUGUAUUUAUCGGAUACCGAAUGUCGAACGAUUGACUAACAUUUAGUGACGUGCAUGGUGGAGGCGACAUGUCAAACUCAAACAAGAGCAAAAAGGACAAAGAGAUCCUUGCGGACUAUGAGGGCCAAGUGAAAGAUGUGCGAGCCCAGCUGGUGGAGCAGCAGCGCUGCCUGGAGCAGCAGACGGAGAUGCGGGUCCAGCUCCUCCAGGACCUGCAGGACUUCUUCCGCAAGAAGGCCGAGAUCGAGACCGAGUAUUCCCGGAACCUGGAGAAGCUGGCCGAGAGGUUCAUGGCCAAGACGCGCAGCACCAAAGACCACCAGCAGUACAAAAAGGACCAGAACCUUCUGUCACCGGUCAACUGCUGGUACCUGCUGCUCAACCAGGUGAGGAGGGAGAGCAAGGACCACGCCACCCUGAGCGACCUCUACUUGAACAAUGUCAUCAGUCGCCUCACGCACAUCAGCGAGGACUCGGCCCGCCUCCUCAAGAGGAGCAAGGAGAUCAUCUUCCAGCUUCAGGAGGAUCUCAUGAAGCUCCUCAACGAGCUCUACACCGUGAUGAAGAGCUACCACAUGUACCACGUGGAGACCAUCAACGCCGAGGGCAAGCUGCGCGAGGCCGAGCGCCAGGAGGGCCGGGCGAAGGGCGCGGGCGCCGCGUCCGAACCCGUGUUCGGAUUGCGCCUCGAGGAACGCCACCAGAGACGCAACGCCGCCCGCAAGAUGGAGAAGAUGCGCGAGAAGAGGAAGGCAAAAUACUCGGAGAACAAAGUGAAGACGCUGAAAGCGCGGAACGAGUACCUGCUGACUCUGGAGGCCACCAACGCCGCCGUCUUCAAGUACUACAUCCACGACCUGCCCGACAUCAUCGACUGUUGCGACCUAGGGUACCACUCCAGUCUGAGCCGGGCUCUGAGGACCUACCUGUCGGCCGAACUGAGCCUGGAGGCGUCCCGGCGGGCCGGUCUGGAGGUUCUGGAGGGCGCCGUGGAGGGUCUGGACCCCGCCCGCGACCGCCAACGUCUCCUGGGCCUCUACCCCACUGCCUUCUGCCCGCCGCCGCGCUUCAGCUUCCAGGCCCACAUGGGCGACGCGGUGAGCCGGAUCGCCUCCCAGCCGCAGGUGCAGGCGGAGCUCGCCCUGCGCCUCACGCAGCUGCAGACCCGGCUGGCCUCGCUGAAAAUCGAGAACGAAGAGGUGAAGAAGACGUGGGGGGCCACUCUGACCACGCUGCAGGACAUGACGGUGCUGGACGACUACGACGUCUCGCAGAGCUUCGCCCACAGCCCGUCGUCCGAGUCGGUCAAGUCCAGCGUGUCGGACGGCUACCUGAACAAACCCAGCCUGGCCAAGAGACGAGCCAACCAGCAGGAGACGGAGCUCUUCUACUUCACGGUGGGACGCGAGUUACGGUCGCGCGGAGACGACUCCGAGACAAACAAACGUCUUCUCGUCUGGCAGAAGUUCCGCGAGUACCUGGAGGGGAGCAACCUGGUCUCCAAGCUGCAAGCCAAACACGACAUCCUGAAGAAAGCCAUAGCAGAAGGCUACAAAGCGGAGCUCCUCACCACCAGCCGCGGACGGAAGAACUCGCACAGCAAGCAUCAGGACUCAACCAAAGCCAUACCCCUGCUGGUGGAGAGCUGCAUCCGCUUCAUCAACCUCCACGGCCUCCAGCAUCAAGGCAUAUUCCGGGUGUCCGGUUCUCAGGUGGAGGUCAACGACAUCAAGAACUCCUUCGAGAGAGGCAACGACCCGCUGAUCGACCAGGAAAGCAACCACGACAUCAACUCGGUGGCCGGCGUCUUGAAGCUGUACUUCCGCGGCCUGGAGAACCCGCUCUUCCCCGGCGACAGGUUCAACGACCUCAUCGCCUGCGUCCGAAUGGAGAACCUGUACGAGCGAGCGCAGUGCAUCCAAAAGAUCCUCGUGGCCGUUCCGAGGGCCACGCUGGUGGUGAUGCGUUACCUCUUCGCCUUCCUCAACCAUCUGUCCAAGUACAGCGACGAGAACAUGAUGGACGCCGGCAACUUGGCCAUCGUGUUCGGGCCCACCCUGCUGCCCACGCCGGACUCUCUGGACCAGGUGGCGUGCCAGGCGCACGUCAACGAGGUGGUCAAGACCGUCAUCCUGCACCACGAAAACAUCUUCCCCGACGCCAAGGAGCUGCCGGGGCCGCUCUACGAGACCUGCAUGACCGGCGAGCAGUACUGCGAGAGUCCGUUCAGCGAGCCGGGCGCUCUGGAGGAGACCGAGCCGGACGCCGGCACCGAGACUCAGACCAGUGAUGAGGAGGGCGAGGCGGCGGAGGCGGUGGCGAGGUUCGACUACGUGGGCCGAUCGGGCCGCGAGCUGUCCUUCAAGAAGGGCGCCACGCUGCAGCUCUACCGGCGCGCCUCGCACGACUGGUGGGAAGGCCGGUGCAACGGCAGCCGCGGCCUGGUGCCGCAUCAGUACAUCGCGGUGAAGGACAGGCGAGUGCCAGGCAAACGCCGCGCGUCGCCUGACCGGUCGAGCGAGUCGGGCGACGCCACGUCAGACACGCUGAGCCAAAAAGCCGACAGCGACGGCGGAAGCAGCAGCACCGAGGACAAGAGGUCCACCCGAGACCUGCGCUCGCCCACCGACAUCCUACCGCCCGAGUCCUACCACAGGAGGAAGCGGACCGAGGGUUUAUUCCGCCGUCCCCUGGGCCGCUCCAACGACUGCCACGGCAACGGGGUGGCGAUGGAGCGCAGUUCGCCCCCGGUGACGGGUCACUUCAGCCCCAGGGACCUGCUGCUGGGGCGCGGCCGGGGCCCGACGCCGCCCCCGGACAGCCCCGAGCGCCGGCGCCGCUCGGCCGCCGGCGCCGUGACGUCGAGCCGCCGCGACUCGCUGCGGAGGCCCGAGGACACGCCCGUCCGCCGCGCCGGCGGCGGACGUUGCGGCUUCGACUCGCAUCGGUCCAGGGCCGUGGACGCCGGCACGCUGGCUCAGGACAUCGAGGAGACGGUGAGCGCGGUCCUGGGGGACCUCCGGCACCCGGACCGUCAGGGCCGCAGGCCGGCUCCGGACGUGGUCCUGGACACCCUGGAGCAGGUGAAGAACGGCCCCCCGGCCCCUUGCUCCUCCGAGUCCCCGAGCCCCCACAGCACUCCCAGCACGCCGGGCACCCCGAGCCCCCUGAGCCCCCUGAGCCCCGUCAGCCCUCUGCCGGGACCCCCGCCCAGGCCGGCCAACCCGUCCCCGGACACCCCGGGCUCCUUCGAGCCCGCGGCGGCCGCUCGGACGGGGGUCCCGCCGAGGCCCCCCGCGCUGAGGCCCAAACCCGCCGUGCCGCCCAAGAGCGGCACCCCGCCUCUGCCCCCGCCGCUCGACAAAUCCUGCACCAUGUGAGCCGAACCGGGCCCGCGACAAGUGGGCCAGUCGAGGACAACAGGGUAGCGCCCGACAUUUUGAGGGUCGAAACUAGGACGAGUGAGUU